AACAUCUGAAGAAGAACUCAACUGAAUUUGAAACUUAGCAAAGAGAAUAAGAGAGAAGCAACACAAAGAGUGGCCAUGAAAGGAAGAGAAACCAGAGGAGCUCCUUCGGCAGAUUUGUUAGUAUGUUUCCCUUCUCGAGUCCAACUAACAGUAAUGCCGCCAAAGCACAUUUGUAGUCCUGCAAGGCCUUCAGAACCCAACAAGCACCACCACCACUACCGUCUCCUUAAGAAAUCGAGCACCAGAAAGGGUGGUGGAGCUGGCGGCGGCCAAGCUAGUCCUCUUCUAUGGGCUAAAAACAAGCAAAUGGGAUCCGAGAUCACGGAACCCACCUCCCCGAAAGUCACGUGCGCCGGGCAGAUCAAAGUCGGGUCUAAAACAAGCUCAUGCAAAAGCUGGCAAUCCGUCAUGGAAGAGAUUGAAAGAAUUCACUGCAACAGAAUACACAGAAAGAGACGUAGUUGGGUGGAGUCACUUGGUUUUAAGAAAGAAGUCAUGCACUCCUUAACAUGCUUGCGAUCCAUUCGUUUCGAUUUUCGGUGUUUCGGAUCUUUUCCACAAUCCGAUAUCACUACUGAUGAUGAAGACGAAGAUGAAGAAUACCAAGAAAACGACAACUACGUACAAGGCAAUGAGACAUCAAGAACCAUCUUUUCCAAAUGGUUCAUGGUCUUGCAGGAGGAUCAAAGCAAUGGGUUUUAUAAAGAAGAAGACAAAGAAAAAGACAGCUCCCUUGAUCAUGUUGAUGAUAAGCCAGCAGUUCCACCUGCAAAUGCUCUCCUGCUCAUGCGGUGUCGGUCGGCUCCUGCUAACAGCUGGUUAGAAUCUAACAGGGUGGAAGAGAACAAGGAAAACGUAGAGAAAGGUGACGAGGAAGGAGAAAAAUUAAAAGAAUGUAAGAGGAAAGACGAGGGGAAAAGAAAGAAUUUGAGGUCUUUAAUGGAAGAAGAAAGCAAGAAGAUGAAAGAGAGCUUAGCGGUGAUGAAAUACGACCCUGAUUUCAACAAGAUUUCAACUGAUAUAGUCCAAGAGACAUGGCUUGUUGGUGGAAUGAAAGACCCAUUAUCCCGAAGUCGAAGUUGGAAGAGAUAGAUUUAUAUUCUCCCUGGUGACUAUUCUGUUUUCAUAGUUUCACUUCAUAAAUACUUGUUUGUGCUUUAGUUUGAACCAGUUCCCCCCGUCCUUCAUCUGAGAACUGGGAAUUCUAUAAUCACCACCUUAAAGUUUGCCUUUGGAAUUUUGAUAUGUUUCAUUGUCAGUUAUGUAUGAUUUGAUAGUUAUAUGUAUGGAAUUUGUGCCGUAUAUUCUGUACAGCUUUCCUCUUCUUUCAAAUAGAAAAGAUUUUGC